AAAUUUUAAUUAAACUUUUGACAAUCAGCAAAGUAUAUUUUAAAAAAGUAAAUAAAAUACUUUGCGCAAACUCCUGAAUAAUCGUCGUCGUCAUAGUGUUGGUUUGUGACAUGGAGGAUCUCCUGCUGCAAAUUAUUAAAGAAUCACAAAAUGCAAAAUUAUCAAAUUUACGUAAAUCAGCACAAGAUGCAUAUGAUUUCAUGGAAAAACAACAGGGAUUGCUACGUGAUCCCCCACAUGAAUUGCGUACAAAGUGUCUUCAUACAAUCCAGCUGUCAUUGGAAACAAAAAAAAGUAAAUUUGUAUCCUAUGGAAUAGCUGGUUUACACAAAAUAUUAAGAGACGAUAGAUUUCAGUCACCAUAUGAACCAGAGGAUGACUCACUCUGGUUACCGGCACAAAUGUUACACGCUAUGGGGUCAAUACUUUCGCAGUCAGAUGAUACACAAACAGACAUGCUCAAAGUUUUACUUCAAGUUGCUUGUUCUGUUUAUUGGACAAUGAAUGGUCGUUUAAUAAUAGCUAUUUUAACAACUUGUUGUGACGCAUUUGAAAAUGGUAAUCAAGCUGUUAGAACUGCUGCACAAGCUGCCACAAGCCAAACUCUCCGUUCAUUCUGUCUUUUUCUUGAUGAAGAAUGUCAAGAGAUGGAUGAAUAUGCUAAGAGAAAUAAAAAUCAUCGUGAAAGAGGUGUUUCUUGUUUUAAUGAAGCACUUCCAAUUCUUCAAUAUAUAUGUAGUAGACUUGAUGAGGCACAAAGAAAAAAAUAUUCCAAUAGUUCAAAGGGUGGAAACACAGUUGUAUUUUUAUUGGAAUGUUUACACACACUUAUAUCAUCUUUACCCCAAAAAAUUCAUACAAAUGCUCAUUUUACAACAUUUUUAUGGCAAAAAUUUUGUCCAGCAUUAAUAUCAUUUCUUGGUACACCAAGAGUUGAUAAAACAUUUACAUCACGAGAGGGUAAAGAUAGUGAAAUUGGUAGAGGAUCAGGAUACUUGACAGCAUCAUUAAGUUUUGAUAGUCAUCAAGCAAAAACAGUUUAUAAUAUUGGAACCGAACUUGUACGUCUUGUUGGAUGUGUUGGUCCACUUAGACCAGUACUUGAAUCUGUAUUUCAUAGAAUGUUAUUAUAUCCACCACCUCAACAAAGACUUGAAUCAUUAAAAGCACUACGUGAACUUCUUCGUAGUCCAAGUAGAAUUGUAGAUUUUGCUGGACCACUUCUUGUUGAAGAAGAAAAAACAAGUCAACCACAAAGUGACAUGGCAUUGAUGCGUUUAGCAAUGGAUUCAAUUGAAGAAUCAACAAAUUCUGGACAACCAGUGUUAUGUGCAAGUGUAUCAUGUAUUGUUUCAAUGCUAUCAUCAUUACAAGAAUUAUGUGAAGGUAAAUCAAUAAAUCAUAGUUAUACAUGUAUGAUUAAUAAAUUAUAUGGUGAUCUUGAAUCAUGUGAUUAUCGUGGACCAUUGACUUAUCAAAGUAUGGCACGUUUACCAAAAAAUUAUCGUGAACAAUUAGAGCUUAUGAAAAAAACAAAUGACAAUGAAUCAGAUUCAUCUGGUCAUGGUCCAUCAGAAAAUGGUGAUGGUGAUUCAAGUGAUACUGAAGGACCACAAAAUGAAUCUGAUGAUAUUAAUGAUGAUAAUAAUAGUAUUAAUGAUGAUAAUGAUUAUGAAUUAGAAAAUGAAAAAGAAAGAUUACGUCUUGAAAAAUUACCAAAAUGUUUACAUGUUGGACGACAAAUUGCUGAAGAAUGUAAUGUUGAUGUUGAACGUCAUAAUGCAAGAAAAUUUAUAAAAAUAUUACGUACUGAUCUUAUACCAAAUGUAUUAUUAUUACGUAGUAGUAUUGAAGUUGAUGAAGCAUUACAAAAUUUUGCAUCAGAUUAUUGUCAAGGUGUAUUUGCAAAUCAACAAAAAAAUUAUGAUAAAAAUAAUGAUAUAAGCCUUGAUAGAAGAUGUGCCUUAAUAACAAUAAUGAAUGCUGAUGGUAUUUAUCUAGCAACAUAUGCUGCAUUAUUAUUAAAUUUAAAAUUAAUUAAAAUGAAUUAUUAUAAUAUUGAUGGACAUCCAGUACCACCAAUAAGUGAAGAACAAUUUGUUGAAGAAGUACAUGGUUCUGGUGUACUUGUUUAUUUAUCAGCAACAUGGUUAUCAGAACUUUAUCAACAAAUAUUAGCAUCAAAUUUAUUAGAAAAAUGUGGCUAUAAUCCAUUGUCAACAGAUAAUUGUGCAUUGGUUAAUAUAUUAAUUGAUGUUGAUGGUAUUUGUCGUAGUCAAAGUGGUGGACAAUUGUUAUCUGAUUAUAGAAGAUUAGAAAAAGCACAAUUAACGAGAAAUGAUAUUACAACAAUGACACCUGAAGCUGAAGCUGGUGCAAAAUUAUCAAGACGUGUGUUAACAUGUUGUUGGACAAGUAUGAUGACUGUAUUAAAAGCUGGUUUAAAUCCAAUAAAUGAAGAAACAAAUAAAAGUAUAUUAAAUCGUGAUAAUACAAAACGUGAUAUUAAAGAUAUUGUUGUACUUGCACUUGAGGGUCUUCACAAAGCAGCAAUUCUAACAAAUAUAUUAGGUUUACAAAAACGUUGUGGUUUAAUAUUUGAAUUAUUAGCAAAUGCAUCAUGUACUGAAUCAUCAAUAUCAAAAUUACGACGUACAAAAGAUGUUUUAAGAUUAAAAUUACAAAAAAAUAAAUCAAAAAAUAUACAUACAUCACAUGCAUUAAGUAUGGAAGUAUUACUUGGACGUGCAUUAGAACUAGCAAGUCAUGGUGAUGAUUGUUGGCCUCAUGUAUUUACAUGUUGUUUAUAUAUCAGUAAAUUAGAACAUGAUUUUUUUGGUAGAAAUCAAACACAAAUUAAUUUACCAAAAUUAGCUAAAAAAGAAAAAAAAAAAUAUAAAAAAAAAAAAAAAGAUAUAAAUAAUCAUAUUAAUAAUGGUGAUUUAAAUGGUGGUGGUGGUGGUGAUGAGGAUGUUGUUGUUGAUGAUGAUGAUGAUGAAGAUGAUAAUAAUUGUGUUGAUGUUUAUUCAUUUUUAUCAACACCAUACAGUCAAAGUUUAACAAUUGAAACAAUACCAGAAAUAAUACAAGAAUCAAAUGCUGAUAUACAAUUUAAUGGUAUAUUACCAGCUGAAUAUGCUGCUAAAAUAAUAUGUGUAUUAUCACAACAAGUUGAUAAAUUAUUUGAAGAUUGUGCAUUAAAAUUAAAUUUAAAAGCACUUUGUUCAUUUUUAACAUCACUUUGUCAUGCAAGUAAAGAUCAAUUAUUUAAAACAACAUCAUCAACAUUAAAUACAAAUUAUAAUAAUAAUUAUGAAAAAAAAUUUUGGUGGCGUAAAAGUAAACCACGUGAUGAUGAAUUAAAUGUAUUAUUAUUAUCAAGGCUAGGUGAAGUUAUGUUAAAAUGUGUUAAAAGUGGUCGUCCAUUAAUUCACAUAAUGAGAAUUUGGAGUAUUCUUGGACCACAUUUUAUGGAGGCAGCAUGUCAUAAAGAUCGUGAAAUAUCUAAAAAAGCAAUUCAAUGUAUUCAUGAUUCAAUGACAGCAUUAUUAAAUGAACAAAUUGAAUUGGCACAUUUUCAUUUUAAUGAAGCAUUAUUUAAACCAUUUGAAAAUCUUCUUUGUUUAGAACUUUGUGAUAGUGAUGUACAAGAUCAAAUUGUUAGUUGUAUAUGUGAAUUUGUUGAGACAAAUCGUACAGAAAUAAGAUCAGGAUGGCGACCAUUAUUUGGUGCAUUACGUGUUGCAUCUGUUGGUAAUUCUGAAUCAAUUGAAUCAGCACCAUUAUUAGAAGUAUUUCGUGUAUUUUUAUCAACAGAUAAUACACUUGUAUUUGCAAAUGCAGCAUUAGAUUGUAUAUUAUGUCUUUUAAAACAUGUAAGAGGUGCUGGUGAUGCAGAUUUAAAUAAUGAUAUUGAUCAAAUAACAAAUAUUGAAAUAAGAAAAAUGCGUUUAUGUAUUGAAAGUUUAAAAUAUUUAUUAAAUUGUAGUGAUAUACUUUCAUCAAUGUAUCGUAUGCCAGCAUGUCCAAUAUUUCAUUCAGCAACUAAAAUUCAAGUAUCAACAAUACCACAGUAUGUUGAUCCAAUAAUACCAAAUAUGGAAUUAUCGAAAUUUAAUAAUAAUAAUGAUACAAUGCAAGAAAUUGUACCAGAAAUAUCAUAUGAUGUAUUAACUAAAAUUGAUAAAUCACAAACAAUGACAUUACAAAGUAUGGAAAAACCAAGUGGUAUAUUAAGAGUAUGGUAUUUACUUAUUGAAGGUUUAGCAAAUGCAACAAUGAUUUGUCCACGACGUUAUCAGCCACAUACAUUAGAAACAUUAUUUCAUUUACUUCGUGAUAUUUUAAAUGUACCUGGACCAGCAUUUGGUCUUUAUUGUGUUAAUCAUUUACUUUUACCAAUGGUACAAAAUUGGCUUAGAAUGACAUCAAAAAUCAUUCGUGGUUGGGAUAAUUUUGCACCAAAUUUUAAACAAUGCUGUGGUCUUACAACUGAUUUAGUUGUUGAUUAUUUAACUCAUCUUCAAGGUCCAGAUGUUAAAAUAGAUAAUGAUUUAUUACCAUCAUCAACACUUAUGUUGAAACAAUUAUUAUUGGUAAUGGCAGAGUGUGUUGUUCAACAGACUGAAAGUAUUGCUCGAUUGGGAUGUGCAUGUAUCAGACAUGUACUUGUCAGCAGUGGUCCUGUUCUUACCGCUGAACAGUGGGAAGUUUGUGGUAUUGCUUGUUAUCGUGCUUGCUCCAAUUCACUUCAAGAACUUCAUCAAUUAACAAUGGCAUUUUCACCAAGAUCUGAAUCAUUUUAUGGUGAUAUUGCACAGGUCAAAGUUGCUGCUAGACGUGAUACUACAACUGAAGAAUCAGACAGGUUGCGACAAUUAUCAGCACAGGUAUUUCACCUGGCAGAGCAACGUUCUGAUGAACAACUUAAAAUUUCUGAUGAAAGAUCAUAUGUCUUUCUUCUUUAUCCACCAUCAGUUGCAUCAACACUAAAUCCAGAUCUUUAUAUUGUACGUGUUCAACUUCGAGCACUUGUUGUUGGUUUAUUGGCUCAUCAAAUGUUACUCCAUUGUAUUGCCAGUGUUUUACUGCAAGGUUCUGGUGGUUCAAUAUCAAGUCUUGCACAUGUGAUACCAAAUCCAACAUCACCAACAUCAAGUAACUCAUCGAAAAACAACAUGACACGUCUCAAUAUUAAUCACAUUGAUAUUUUUUUAUCAGCACUUGAUUAUUCAUAUGCAUCAGCAUGGAAAUUUGAUAAUAGACCAGGUCUAAAAUUUCUCAUUCAAAAAGUUGCUAAUUUAGAUCAACCAGCAAAUCUUUAUCGUCAAACUUGUGCUGCAUGGACAAUAAAAAUUUUAACACUACUAGAUAUUUGUUUAAAUGAAAUAAAUAUAACAAAUGUCAAUAUGGAAUUUGUUAAAUUAAUAAUUAAAAAAAAUUAUAUUUAUAAUAAACAAAAAAAUUAUGAUAAAUUAAUUAAAUAUAUUAAACAAUUAAAAAUAACAUUUGAUAUAAUUUGUGAUAAUUAUAUUGAUGUUGUUAUAAAUAAAAAUGGUAAACAUUCAAUUGCCGAUAGUUUUGCUGAGAGAAAAAUAUUUUUACUUGUUGCACAACCAGAUGAUUUUCCAGAAAUAACAAGUAAAGAAUUAAUAAAUGAUUCAUUAUUUAAUUCAAUCAAUGUUGAUAAAACAAUUAGCUGUAAUAAAAUAAUAAAUAAAAAACAUUUAAUUGAUAAUAAUGUUACAACAAAAAUUGAGGAAGAAUAUAGAUCAUUAAAAUUAUUUGAUUUAGCAUCAGAUUAUUUUAUGGAAUCGGGUCCAGAAUCUGAAUCUGAAACAGAUGAUUCAAGACCAAUAUCACGUGAAAAAAGAAUAAUUUAUAAAUCAACAGAUAAUUUAACAGAUAAAGAAAUUAAUUUAUCUGAUUUUGAAUCAGAUGAUUCAGAAAUAUUAAAAAAUAAUUAUAAAUUAUUUAAAAAAAAUAUAACAUGCACAAAUAAUACUCACACUCAGGUUGAAUCACAUAAUUCUAAAAUAACAAUAAAAAAAUUACUUAAAAAUAAAUAUAGAAAAAGUGAACAAAAUUUAUUAACACGAAAAAAUUCAUUUAAAUUUUUUUUAAAUAAUAAUUUUGAAUAUUCAAAUAUUAAACGUUCAAAGUCACUUGUAGAGUUUUAUAAAAAUUCUGAUUUAGUAUUACCUUCAAAAAUUACAUUAAAUAAUAAUAAUUUAAGUGAAAAAUUAAAAAGAAAAAGAUUACUUACUGUUUGUCAAAAUGUUGAUGAAAAAAAUUUAAUUUGUCAAUCAAUUAUUCCAACAAUUGACGUUGAUGAUGAUGAUGAUGAUAAUGAUGAAUUAUUAAAAGACUAUGAAAGAAGUAAAAAAGGCUUUAGAAUAAAUCCAUUUACACAAAAUUUUGAUGGUGAAAUUGAUGAUCCAGUUAGAAGACAAGGAAUUGAAAUACAAAAAGAUAAUAAAACUAUAAGCAGAGACAGUGAUGCUCAAAGAAAAGCAUGGGCAGAAAUACUCAAUGCAGUAUUAGACUGGACACUUGUACUUCCGGAUGAAAAAUUAGCGCCAAUUCUUCCAAUUCUCGUUAGUGGCAUUCGUGCAUUAACAAAAUUUGUCGUUGAUACAAAUUUAAAACAAAAAUUAUCAAAAAUUUUUCAUCGUAUUGUUGUUCUAUAUGGUUUGACAAAUAAUUAAACAUUUGAUACUUUAGAAAAAAAAAAAAAAAUUCUAAUACUUUAAAUUCUAUAUAUAAAUUUUUAAAAAUUAGGAAUAAGAAAAAAUAAAUAUUGCUGGUUCCUGAGAGAGGUUUUAACUGCAGAUUGACUGAAUUUAAAAAAAAAUUAAUAAUAAUUAAAUUUUGGAGUAUUUGAUAACAAUAAUAACGUGACAGUAUUCUUUGAUGAUUCUAUAAUUAAAUCUCUAAAUAAAAAUUAAAAUACGAGUAUACAAGUAUCAUGAAAAAAAAAAAAAUUAUAUAUAUAUAAAAUGUGUUUUAAAAGAAAAAUAAUAAUUGAUGAUUUUACGUAGGUAAAAUAUGUAUCAUACAUGCCUAUAUAUAUUUUUUCGAAAUUGUUGUUGAUGUGAAACAAAUAUAAAAAAAAAAUUCAAAAAUCUGUAAUAUUGAAACAAAAAAAUGAUAUAUGUCCCAUUGAACGUUGUGUAAAAUGUAUUAACUGUUGUUGUUUGAAACAAAAAAGAAAAAAAAAAAAUAUAUACACAAAAUAUCGACAAUACACUAUAAAAUGUUUAUUGUUAUUUUAACUUAUAUUAUUUUUAAUUUUAAUAUCUUGAGGUUUCUUUUUUAAAAAAACCAUUAUAUUUUGGAUAUAUAUUUUUUUAGAUUUGUUAUUUUAUUUUUUUUUUAAAGUUAUAAAUAUAUUUUUUAUUUUUUUAUUUUUACAUUUACAGGAAGAAACAAGAGACAAUGUUUCAUGUCUGCGGUCAUUUCUACUCUUGGCAUAGUCAUUCUUGCCUCAUAAAGUCCAAGAGCUUAUGAGCGACGUACAACGUUCUUCUUGUAGCACCAGAGUUGAGACUAUAAAUGUCUAAAAGUAGAAAAGAAGUCAAGAAAAAUAUUUUAAAUAAAAAGAAAGAAAAAAUAAUAGAUAAAUAUUUUGCAUCUUUCCGGGUUAAUAUCCUGUCAUUGUUGAUGUUGCUGAUCACUUUGAAUUAGCUGAAUCGAAUUGUAAACCAUAAAAAAAAAAAAAAAAUACUUAUCUAUUUUUAAGUAUUUAAGUUUGAUGCAGAAAAAAUUAAUGAGAAAUUUCUGUAUAGAUAGAACAUGGUCCAUCAGUGAGUAGCAUGUUUAAUCUUUUCAUUUGGACUCUCGAAGUAAAAGAGCGACUGUUUUGUAUAUGUUAUAUAUUGAGCAUAUAUAGAAGAUGUGAGGGGAAAGUAGUAAAACAGUGACAGAUAAAAGGGAGGUGAAUAGGGUGGUUUGCUAAUAAAGGAAUGGUACGAAAACGACCAAGAGGAGAGACCAUAGUACUCAACCAAAACCGCAACUAUCCAUCGUUUCAACACACGCAGCAAACGUUUAAAUAUUAAAUGGUACUCUCUCACUAUAUACUCGAGAAGUGUGUUCAUGGGUUUUUGUGAUCGUAAAAACUCAACGAAUUGUACAAACCUCUCAUCCACUUCACACUGCAUUUUUACUAUAUACAUAUAAAUUCAACUCCUCCUUCUAUUUAUUUAUUUAUCUUUUUUUUUUUUUCAAAUUUUUAAUUUAUCACAUUAUUAUUAAAAUUAAAAAACAAAAAAUUUACCAGUAGAUUUAUUUAUUUAUUUAUUUAUUUGUUUUUUAAAUUUUUUUAUUAUCUCAUUAAUUUUCUUUUUUUUACACAAAACUUAAUUUAAACUAAAAAACAAAAUUUAUAAUUAUACAAUAAUAAUAAUAAUAAUUUUUUCAUUAGGAUAAUUUUAUUGAAAAUAUUUUUCAUAUAUUUACAUAAUUUGAAUAUUAAAAAUUGACACUAUCUAUCACUUUUUAUUAAUUAUAAUAAUUAUUAAGUGUUCAAUUAGUAUUUCUUAAUUUUUCAAUUGAUAUUAUACAUUUUUUUUAUGAUUAUAUAUUUAAAUGAUAAAAAAAAAAAAAAAAAAAAAAAAAACAAUUAUUAAUAAGGUCGCCAAACAUCAUUUCUCUGUUCAUUUUCUUCACCAAGUACCCCAACACCAAUUUCUACUCUAUUAUUAUUUAUUGUUAAAUUACCACCAGCAAUUGUAACUUGUUCAUCACUUAAAUCACCAUGUACAUGUAAAUGUAUUUGAUUUUGAUUAACAGUAUUAUAUAAUUGUGGAUAAAAUACAACUGGUGGUGGACUUAUAUAAUUUUGACUUGGAUUAUUAUAAUAACCUUGAUAAUUUGGAUUAAAAUUAUGUGAUGGUACUGGUACUGGUGUUGUUGUUGUUGGUCCAGAUGUCCACGUUCCAUAAUGAUAACCACCACUUGGACUACCAUUACCACCAUUAUUAUUAAUACCACCACCGCCACCACCAGGACCACUUCCAGGAAAUAAAUCAUUGUCUGAUGAUUUAAUUGGUAGCAAUGGUAAUGUUGUUCCUGAUGUUCCAUGAUUUGAAUACAUUGUCACACAAUUUGGUGUAUAUGCAUCUUGAUUUGGAUCAGUUGAUUAAAAUAUUGAAUAUUGAGUAUUACCAGCUGAAAGAGGAACUGGUUCUGUUGUUGGAUGAUGAGAUAACGAUUCACCAGGAUAUGUUGCAAAUGCACCACCUGGUAAUGGUGAAUAUGAACCACCAUCACUACCUGAUGGAGCUGGAUAAGAUGGUACUGCUGAUGGAUACGACCAUUCAGCUGUACUUGCUGCAUUAUCUGAAAUAAAUAAUUAAACAUUUUUUUUUUUUUUUUCAAUAUAACCAUAAUACAUGAACAAUUAAUUUGAGUCAUAUAUAUAUUUAAAAAUUUAUUUUCAUAUAACCAGUGUAUUUAUAAUGACCUGGUAAUAUAUACUCUUCAAUGAAUAUGUUCAUGCGUGAGAAUUUUUAUUUCGUGACUUGGUUGAAAAAUAAAAAACAAAAAAAAUUAUAAUGAAUAAAAAAAAAAAAAGUGAAGUGAAGCCAAAUCA